AUGGGAGAUGGACAAUUCCCUACCAACGAUGAAAUCAAAUUGAUCGAUAACUUUAAAUCAACAGGAGACCUGGUAGAAGAUGUGUAUGGAACAUGCUUUGCAAAUUAUGCCAACUGGGAACAAGAAGUCCUUCAUCGAGCCAUCUUGACACCUUUGAAUGCGACAUCAGCAUUGUACAAUGAUACAGUACAUCAACGAAUAUCUGAAAAUAAAGUCGCCUAUACCAGUAUUGAUACCGUGAAAGACCAAGUUGGAGAGGUGGACUUCUCAAAUGAAUACUUACGGAGCAGAAAUCCGGCAGAUCUACCUUCACACAAAUUAAAGUGCUCAUACGAAAUAUACGUGUAA